AUGCUGAAGCGCUUCCGCGACCAAGCGCAGCGGAGCGGCUUCAACCCUCGCGGAUCCGGAGGUUUUGUGGGUGGCAGCGGCAGCGAAGGCUUUGGUGGCCCUAGCCCUGCUGCCGCAGGAGGUGCAGGAGGUAUCCUCCUGCUGAUAGCGCUCGGUUUCGGCAUCAAUGCGAGCUUGUUCAAUGUCGAUGGCGGUCACCGAGCCAUCAAAUAUUCCAGGAUCAACGGAGUCAAGCAAGAUAUCUACAACGAAGGCACCCACUUUGUCAUCCCAUGGUUCGAGUCACCAAUCGUAUACGAUGUCAGAGCCAAGCCUAGGAGUAUCGCAAGCUUGACUGGCACCAAGGACUUGCAGAUGGUUAACAUUACUUGCCGUGUCUUGUCCCGUCCAUCUGUCGAGCAACUUCCCACGAUCUACAGGGAGCUGGGGACAGACUACGAUGAGAGAGUGCUUCCUUCGAUUGUGAACGAGGUGCUCAAGUCUGUUGUUGCUCAAUUCAACGCCUCCCAACUCAUUACCCAGCGUGAGAUGGUCUCGCGACUGGUGAGGGACAACUUGACGCAGAGGGCAAGGCGAUUCAAUCUCGUGCUUGAUGACGUCUCCAUCACGCACGUCGCCUUCUCGCCAGAGUUCACACACGCCGUCGAAGCAAAGCAGAUCGCACAACAGACAGCGCUUCGGGCAGCAUUCUUGGUGGAUCAGGCUGUGCAGGAGAAGCAGAGCAUCAUCGUCAAGGCCCAGGGAGAGGCGAGGUCCGCAGAGCUGAUCGGAGAGGCAUUGAAGAAGAACAAAGGCUUUUUGGCGCUACGUAAGCUGGAGGCCGCGCGAGAUAUUGCGACAAUUCUCUCCAAUUCUGGUAACCGGAUCAUGCUAGAUGCGCAGUCGUUGCUGCUCAACGUGUGA